AAGUACUGACCAAUCAAUAGGACAGACUCAAGUUUCAGCCAAUUAGCGCGUCCUACACAGGCGGGACUGUUCGCUGCCCUAUGAGCGGAAAGCUUUCGGUGUCUCUGUGUCAAGCCGGUGCAUGGUCAUUGUGCUGCCAUCAUGAUACUUAUGCUGUCCGAGAUGUCCGUAGAAAGUCAGAUUUUCUACUCGGUGCUAUUAUUUUCAUGGAUCGUAUACACAUGGGAGGCCUACCUUGCUAGUAGGCAGAGGAAGAUAUAUCGUACCACAACUCAUGUACCGGCCGAACUUGGAAACAUUAUGGAUGCAGAAACAUUUGAAAAGUCUCGACUCUAUCAACUGGAUAAAAGCACCUUCAGCUUUUGGUCUGGACUGUAUUCUGAGGCAGAGGGCACACUUAUCCUUCUCCUAGGGGGAAUACCAUUCCUUUGGAAUAUUGCUGAGCAAAUGUUGUAUCGUGCUGGCUUCAGUGCAGAAUAUGAGAUUAUUCAUUCCUUGGUGUUUUUGCUGCUUGCCACAUUGUUUAGUGCAUUUACUGGCCUUCCAUGGAGUCUCUAUAAUACUUUUGUCAUAGAAGAACGUCAUGGGUUCAAUCAACAGACCCUAGGCUUUUUCUUUAAAGAUGCUGUGAAGAAGUUCUUGGUUACACAAUGUAUUCUCCUCCCAGUUGCAUCUCUUCUGCUGUACAUCAUCAAAAUGGGUGGCGAUUAUUUCUUCAUCUAUGCUUGGCUCUUUACCCUAGUGGUUUCUCUGGUCCUUGUAACAAUAUAUGCAGAUUAUAUUGCACCUUUAUUUGAUAAAUUUACACCACUGCCAGAAGGAGAUUUAAAAGAAUCAAUUGAAAAUAUGGCAAAAAGCAUUGACUUUCCCCUGACUAAAGUAUAUGUUGUUGAAGGUUCAAAACGUUCCUCACAUAGCAAUGCAUACUUCUAUGGUUUCUUCAAGAACAAACGGAUUGUUUUAUUUGAUACCCUUUUGGAGGACUACUCACCGCUAAACAAAGAAGGCACAGAGGACACAUCAGGGAAUGAGAACACUGAACUAAAAGCAAAAGUCAAAAAUCUUAACAAGAAGCAAGGUUGCAACAAUCAAGAGGUUCUUGCUGUACUGGGCCAUGAGUUGGGACACUGGAAACUAGGGCAUACUGUCAAGAAUAUAGUUAUUAGCCAGGUGAAUUCUUUUUUGUGUUUUUUCCUUUUUGCUGUGCUAAUCGGUCGUAAAGAACUGUUUGCAGCAUUUGGAUUUUACAACACUCAACCAACUCUUAUAGGUCUAAUGAUCAUUUUUCAGUUUAUCUUCUCCCCUUACAAUGAGGUUCUUUCCUUCUGCCUGACAGUAUUAAGUCGACGAUUUGAAUUCCAGGCUGAUGCAUUUGCAAGGAAUCUAGGAAAAGCAAAAGACUUGUAUUCUGCUCUUAUUAAAUUAAAUAAGGAUAAUUUGGGCUUUCCUGUAUCAGACUGGGUAUUUUCAAUGUGGCAUUAUUCCCAUCCCCCAUUACUUGAAAGACUGCAAGCCUUGAAGGUGGACAAGCAAAACUAAUAGUAUUAGUGAAGGUUUAUACAUUUUUUUCAUCUGGAAGAAAAUACUGCUGUUUUCUUUUUUUCAUUUUAUUUUUCAUUCCAUGGAGUAAACGGCAUUUAAUAAAUACAGUUAUAUCAGCCUUUAAAUAAGAAACAUUUUUAGAGACCUAGAAAGGGAGGUAAAAUUGUACAUGACUUUUUCUAAACAAAAAAGCUGAUGGUUUUAAUUAAAGGAAAAUUAUUUUGUACCAUGGAGCCUUAUUUUGCUUAUUUCCAUACUGAAAUCUUCAGUGUCUAGAAGUAUGAUUUGUAAACUAUUGUAUGAGGUUCAACUUAUUGUUUCCUACUGUGACAGUAAACAGGCAUGUUUUAUUGUGCUAAUUUGUUGUGAUAACUUAAAUGUGUAACAGUGUGCAAGGCUUAAGAUGAAUGAACAAGUCAUUAGAUAUGAACAGAAUUUCUUUCUGAUCUGCCGUUGGAUAAGUUAUUGCGUUGAACCUCAAAUGAAAUCUUUUGUUUUGUGUUUUUGUCUGUCAAUAAAACAUGUUUUGCUUUCGUAAAAAAAAAAA